GUCUUUAAUCGGACGCAGAACUUUGAACGUGCUAUUCUUCAUCAGAAUAAAAUAACCAAAAAAAAAUAUCCUCAAAGCAUAUAUCAACACGCUGGUUCGUUGUUGACUCAACAGAUGUUUAAAGUUUUCCAUAGACACUUCAAAUUCAAUUUAAAACUAAAAUAAAUGUGAAGAGCAUUGGUGGAGUGGCUCGUACAUCUCUCCCCCUUCCAUUGAAAAUCCUAAUAAGCAACGCGACUGUGAUAUAAAUUUAACUACUCAUAAAUAAUAAAUGCUUUAGCAGUGGUGUAAAAAAUAACAUUUAACGCACGCCUUAAGCGUAAACUUGUUUGACACUCAAGCUAGCCUGCUGUAAGACCAUCAAUGGCUGCAAUUGCUGUGACCAUUUCCAACUGUGAUACUACAAAUAAUCAUCAUGUGAAUUUCGAUAGCUCUUGCGACCCAUUGUUAAGUAGUAGUAGUAGAAGAGAGUUUACGGAAUCGGUCCUCGGUGCUAAUGGCUCUGAGAACAAGUUGCGUACCAUCUCUACCUCUUCUUGCGCUACCAACAUGUCGACUGAGUCCUACUGUAUCUCUCUCGGCGUAGGGCCUCUGUGGUGGUCCGAUGUCCCUACCCACCACAGAACAGAUCACGAUAGGGCGUCACUCUUAACAGGUUACACUCGAAAAUCUUCUGUUGGUUCGUCUGGUGGCAGCAGUGUCUUCGACAGAAGCAAUAGUGCUAGCAGCAGCAGCACUUCGUCGGCAUCCUCGGAAUGCUCGGAUUCAGAUGUUCAAUCUAUUUACUCGGAUGACGAUUGUCAAGAGAUAGUGAAGCAAAUUUUAAAUCAAGAUCAUCCUACACGCAUUGCUAUCAAAUUCCAUGUAACCGAGCAGAAAUUCACCAAAUGGGAAUGCGUUUUGAAUCCCGAUAAUGACAUCUUGUAUGUGGCCAUGCCAGAAAAACUGGCUCCAGAGGCUUCACAACAAACGCUUUUGUCCCUUUUGGAGUUUGCCGAAGACAAGCUGGAGGUUGAUGCUGUGGUCAUGUGCAUCCGUAAAGAUCGCAAGGAUCGCGCUCACCUUUUAGAAAGCUUUUUGUUGAUGGGAUUCGAGCCGUUGUCGAGAAAAGCUACCGAGGCACCACCAGCCGCCGAGAAGGAUGUCGAGAAUUUCUUCCUUAUCUAUCGCAUUGAGGAGUAAACAUAGGUGGACAAUCCCAAACCAAGCACCACAAUGAAGUGGGCGAUAAAACACAAGAACGCAAUCACCUCAUUAUACACCACAGGAACAAAAGAAAUAAAAUACAAAUCAAAAAUGCCACCCAAGCACUAUUUGCUUGGAAAGACGAGUUCCGGGAUUGCAAAUAUCUUUCAUCGGUGUUUUAUUGUUGUCCACUUUCAAUAUAAAUUCAAAUUUGGAUUGGGGAGAAAUAUCGUAAUCAAUGUUAAGAGCAAAGCUAAUUACGUCGUAAAAAUAUCACCACAAAAGAAUUAAUAAAAGAAAUAUAUAAAAAAUAAAAAAAAAAACAACAAAAAAAAAAUCAAUAAAUUUUAGUUUUAGUACUUUCCAUAUAUAUUGCUACACUACGAAAAACCUCUUUAAUUUUUAUUUACCAAAACAAAAUUCACAAUCACCAAUAUAACGUACGAUUCCAAUUUCUUACUUUGAUUUUAUUUGUUUAGAAUGUUUAUUUCAAUAAUUGUCGCAAUUCUAUAUAUUUUAAAAAUUUGUCUUCAUUUUCUACUAUUGUCUUUAGCUAAGUAUCAGUUUGUUUAAAAUUUUUUUACAGUAGUUGUAUGUAUGUCUCACUUUCACUUAAUUUUUGUCAUGCGUAUAUAGAGCAUAUUAUUACUUGUAAGUUUUAAGCAACAUCAACAUUACAAUACAAUAUUUUUUUUUAUAUUUACUCCUAUACAAUUUACUUACAAACAUAUUCAGUAAUUAUAUAACACUAUAGCCCAAAUCUAUUACCAUUUUUUUUUUCUUUUCUUAUUAACCAAUAAAUUUUUUUCUUUGUAAGCACCUUCAAAUUUGUUUUGCUUUUUUUCUCGUCAUGUACUUUGGAAUUAAGGUUUAUAUGCUUUGCUAACACAUCACAGACACCAUAUAUAAGAUGAAAUGCACUUUCUCUCCAUCUAUUUGAAAUAUAAACAAAUAUAUAUAAAUUCACACGAAGAAA